AGAGCCAGCCCACAACGUCAGACGAGACUGUGGUGGCCGGUGGUACAGUGGUGCUCAAGUGCCAGGUGGAGGAUCCCGACGACUCCUCGCUGCAAUGGUCCAACCCUGCCCAGCAGACCCUCUACUUUGGGGAGAAACGAGCCCUGCGAGAUAACCGGAUCCAGCUGGAGAGGUCCACACCCAACGAGCUGACCAUCAGCAUCAGCGAUGUGGUGCUGUCGGACGAGGGGGAAUACACCUGCUCCAUCUUCACCAUGCCCGUGCGGACUGCGAAGGCCCUGGUCACCGUGCUAGGAAUCCCCCAGAAACCCCAGAUCUUCGGCCACGAGCAACCUAUUGAUGAGGAAAAGAUAGCCCGGCUGACCUGCCGGUCCUCUGGCAGCAAGCCCGCGGCCCAGCUCCGGUGGAGGAAGGGCAAUAAGGAGCUGACAGAUGAGGGCACCGAGGUGGUGGAGGACCCCAAUGGAAAGACCUUCACGGUGAGCAGCCGGGUGGAGUUCCGCGUCACCAAGGAGGACAAUGAAGCCGAGGUGACCUGCACCGUGGACCACGAGUCCCUGCAGAACUCUGAGAGGUCAACCACGCAGAAGCUGCAGGUCCACUACAAGCCAACAGCGAAGAUUGAGCCUCAUCCCCAGUACCCGCGGGAAGGCGAGAAGCUCCAGCUGCAGUGCGACGGGCAGGGCAACCCCAUCCCCGAGGAGUUCCUGUGGGAGAAGGAGGGCAGCGACGCUCCCUUGCAGCUGAGCUCCGACAGCGUCCUCAUCUUCCCCUUCCUCAACAAGAGCGACAGCGGCACCUACGUCUGCACGGCCACCAGCUCCAUGGGCAGCGUCGUGGCCAAGUACAACCUCGACGUCAGCG